AAAAUCAGGGAAGAUAAUACGAGGGAACAAAAAACCCGGUCACUUGACGAGAAAAAUUAUGGGGGAAAUGUUGGCAGCGAUCCGUGACCGCCAUUUCCAUGUCGAAAGGUAAAGAACCUAAAAAGAUGCGAGAAAGAUAUCAUUAAGAUGGAUGCGCCGAAUCUAGUUCGGUGGUGUCCUUCGGAGAACGAUGGUACUGACUUUUUUGAGUGUGAGCUAGGAGGAAAAGAUAACUCGUUUGAAUUUGAUGACCUCAAUGAAGAUGAAUACUACGCACUAUUCAAACUGUUACACCAGCGACACUCGUUACUUGUGACAUUGCGACGAAAUGAUUCCAUAUCUUCUUGUGUCAAUGGAGAGAAAGUCUGUUCAGACUUCGCAGUGACAAAAGAACACGCGAAGCAAAUGACUGGUCAGUCAAACCAACACAACAGCGAAACGACUGGAAGGGAAMCCCUAUCUUCAAGAAACUUGAACGUUGAAAGACAAAAUUUACAUUGGGAAACAAUGGCAACUUUCCCAGUGAGCGRGAAUCAUGCUAUGAAAUCAUGGAGCGAAGAUACUUUGGGAAAGGAGUAUUGUCAUGGUGACUUUGAAGACCUAAUAAAAUCUCUUACACAUUCAAAUGAUGAGCUUUUAAAGACAGUGGACUACAUUGAAGAAGAUCAGGCAAAAUACUCAGAUAUAUGGUUUGAAGGAAUAGAUGAUUUAAAGAAGCAGAUUGGAAAAUUGAUAUUCAGCAACAGAAGACUGGUAUUGCAACAAGGACUUGAUGCAAAAGGCAGUUUGCACAUCCUACUAGACACUUUUAUGACAGCAAACUUUACAGAAUCCGAUAUAUCAGAUAUUAUGACAGAAGAAAAUAUGGAAAACCAAAGAUCGAACAGCGUUCAGAGUGCAGAAGAAAGGAAUUUUGUGGCUCAAAAGCAAAGCGAACUUUCAGAAAAGAAAACCGAAAGCAAUCAAACAGAAAAGGAAAAUGAAAAUUACGAGAGAACCCUAGCAAAACAAGURCCGAAAGAAGACUUGGAGGCUGUUGAAAACGAACUGCAAGAAGUAAAAGAGAAGCUGAAAGAUGUAACCGAAGAAAAAGUGAAAUUGCGCGAAGAUUUGGACUAUUUGACAGACCAGUACAGCAAACAGGACAACAUACAACGAAUGCACAUUGAGAAAAUUGAACAAGAAAACAAACAAUACCUCAACCUGAUACUUGAAUACCAGUCUGGUGAGCAUGGCAGGACCAGGGAAUAUGACAAUAUAUUGAUGCAAAUUGAAAGAGAGAGAACAGAAAAACUCGUGUCCAUUAACGAGCAGAAGGCACUACGACAACAACUGGAGAAUCUGUCCAAAACUAUGAAAUCCAUGCAGAUAAAGAACGAAGAAUUGCUGCGGUUUCAGUGCAAUCAGGACGACCAAGUUGACGACUUUAAGAGGUUGAAGCAGCAUUUCCAAGAAAAUGGUCUGCCAUCGAUUGAACAGUUCAUUGCCCUUCAAAGACAGAACGAGGCAUACCGUGAAGAGUUACUGAAUGAGCGCAAAGAAAAGGAGAGACUUCUUUCAAUCAAAGAAAAACUCCGACGUGAUUUGGAUUCCUUGCAAUCGAGAAUUUCAUCGCUUCAAGAACAGGUCUACAAAUACCGAGAACACAUCUUUUAUCUCCAGCAACGAACCGGCAAAGAUGGAUCAACCUCGCCUGUUCCCCCAUCACCUCUCCUGGARAAYCCCCCACCCUCUCCACUGACUCCUUCUCCAUCGCCAUCCUUCCAUAAUCCAUCUCGUCUAUACGGAAAUAACGCCCCGCAGUACAUCAACGAAAGCCUGCUACAGGGGAAUGUGCCCCCCAGGUUUCCCUUGUAUGCUGUAUCUGAACCAGGAAAAAAGCCUGGCACGCCUCAUUCCAAACAUGGGCUUGAGGGACAAGCAACUGGUAAAUCACAAUGGCCAUAUCAGCAGCAAAAUUUUCAAGGAAAAUUAGGCCGUCAUCUCUCUCUGGAUGGAAAUGAGUGGAAACGUGGAGGRAAUUCUCCUCAGAACUGGUCAACYCCAACUGACAACAUUUUCAACUCGUCCUCGUCUGGAAGGCACAACUCAAGCAACAGUUACUCAUCGCCGCGAUCAAGCUCUUCAUUAAGUGGAUCAUCAGAGGAAGGCGUGGACGGGUUGGACAAGCAAAACCCGCAAUUUGAUAGAAAACGCGUACCAAGAAAUCCAGACGAUUAUAAACAAAUGCAAAAUUUUGGACCAAAUCCAUAUGAAGGCUGGCCCCGUCAGAAUUCAACAGGGAUCCGUAUGAACCARAACUUCCAGCAGCGCAAUCCAAGACGCUACUCCUCCCCUGUCGGGAACGGAAUGCGAUCACCACCAGACUACUGGGCCCCUCAGAUGCCUGCAUCCAAACCAUGGCAUUCGCCUCUCGAGCAAACACAAUUACAGGACACAAGUUCCUCAGGACUGAGACAAUGCUCAGAUCCAUGGCAGCAAUCAAUACAUUCUAAUAUACCAAAGAGUUCUCAGGUUUCCACAGCUACGUCCAGCCAUGGGGARUCUGGGACUUACGUGAACAGCGGUGGAUUUGGAAGCCGUUGAUUAUUGUGAAUUGCGUCAGUGGUAGGCUAUGUAAUGUUUUUUAUAGAAUCURAAGAGCACUGCUGCUAUUGUACACGUUAUACACAACUUCCUGCAAUAGUUUGUAUUAGAGAGAUAACAACCAUUUUGCAAUUGAAUAUACAGCCUUUUUCAGAAAACGUUAGGUACUGUAUACUGCACCCAAGACCGAAAUGCAUUGGUGUUUUUUAACUCCAUGCUUGCUGAUUUACAAAGUGACAAGAAUAGUCUUCUUCACGGUUCCCUGCGCCCUCUUGAAAGGUAGCCGUGCCUUUGCAUC